CUGAUUACCUUUCUACUGCGACUAUUAUACUUGCUUCAUUUCCCCCUCUAGUUUUUCUACUCCUAUGGAAAAGGAAAAGGGCUUUGACCACUCUUUUUGCUUAGAGAUGAGAGGGGACAAUGUAGGGUAGCGCAAGCAGUUUGGAGUCCCCUUUUAGAAACUGGGUUGGUCCAUGGGUCCAUGGCAAAAGUUUGUUUCAGGAAGAACAUGUUGUAUGGUCAUCUAAGGGUGGGUGCUUCUAUGAGAGAGAAACAAAAAGACUUGAGUACUGAAAUGAGAUUGAUACAAAACUUUCUGCUUUACCUUUGUUACUUGGGGCUAGAUAAUCAACUAGCAUUGAUGAAGCCUACCUGUGUAGGAGGUUAGGAAGAUCUGUAGACCUUAAAAGGACUAAAAACUUUGACUUUGGCAGUUUCUCUUGAGAGUUAUCAGGCAUUCCUGCCUAAGAAUCUCUCUUUUGUCACUUCCAGUCUUAUUGGUUUUGCGGUGGGGGGGGGCUAACACAAGUGUACAUCUUAAGUUACAUUAAAAUAACUUUUUUUUUUAAUGUCCAGAAUUGGCUGUUUUGGUUUUAACUAUUUUUGCUCGAUAUUUAAGAUCAAGUUGGCCCAAAUGACCUUGUUCCUAUCUACUGUUGAGAGUCAGCCUAUUUCCCUUGGGGAUCACUAUCAGGAAACUGAUGAGUAGCCUUUUAGCUCCACUAGUGCCAUCCACCAGGAUUAGUCAAGAUCUUCCUGACCAUGUGGCUUCCCUUGGAAGCAUAAUUAAUGUCUCCCAUUUCAAGUGGGCCUCCUCUUUUGCUAUAUAUGAACUGAUUGGCUUUCUUUUUCUAGAAUCCCAGUAAUCCCUCUUGUUGGAGGGGUCAUGUGACAUAGAGUUGCCAUGCUCUAACAGAAGUUCCCUUUUCCCUGGGAUCAAGCUGACUCAGAGGGCAAGAGUCAAAUAUUAGUUUUCUUGAUCAUUUUAUUUUAACCUUGAUUUUUAACCCUUAAUUGUAAACAUCUAGCAAGAUAGCCUUACCAGUCUUAAAGUAAAUGUAGUGAGCUUUAACAAUAAUUUUUAUAACUUUACAGUAAUUUUUACCCCUUUUAUUUAAUUGUGGUCUGUAUGGUCUGUAUUAGUACUGGAAUUUCAUAUUAUAUACUAUCUGUCUAUAAAUAAUGGCUUAAUAUCUGAAAUUAACUUAGGUUACUAUAUUGAAAGUUGUACUUUUGUAAGGCAUUAACACAUAUCAGUUAAAGUUUAUAAGAAAAGCUCAAAGUGAAAUUAAUGAGAAUAAAAACAUACUUAGUUUGUACAUAAUUUUAAACAUUGACUGAGUUAUACAAUUAUAUUCUGUGCUUGAGAUCACAGUAAUUGACAAUAAAAUCAAUCUUUGGAAUAUAACUUUAAGUGAGUGAAGUCUGCCCAAUUUGAAGGCCAUGUAGUAAGGUGGGAGGCACAGGUAGUAAGGUGGAGCUCUUCACAAGUCCUAGCUAAAAUGUUCUAGUUUUGAAGUUGAUCUUUGCCUUUUUUAAAAAUUAUUAUUUUAUAAAGUUUACAUAUAUUGUUUCCUGGGUCUAUAUGAAUGGUAGCUAACACAAUAUGCCAUUGAAUCUAAAACAUGAAUCAAAGAAAGGCUAGGAGAGCUUUUAACUUUAUUUUUGUGGAAAAGUGGCAAAAUGUUUUUAUGUUUUACAUUAUUAACAUUUAAACAGAUCAGCCUUUCAUUAUCUUUUAGAAAUACAUUUAUAUUUUCACCCCAGUGUAAAAAAUAACAUAAGGUUUAGGUUCAGUUACAGAACAUUAAAUGAUAUAAAUAAAUCCCCCAUAAUUUUUUUAUCAUAUAAGUCUAAAAUUACUAGUUCAGACAACUUUAGUUUGGGGAACACCAGCUUGAUAAAAUAUUCUUUUAAACCUUCUACCUUAAAGACUUGUAUAUUUUGAAGAUAUGAACACAUUUAAUAUCCAAAGAAGAGUAAUUGUACCACAAUUACAUUGAUAGUUUUAUAUUAACCAGUUUAGAUUCUGUAAUGUAGUGCAGUACUCUAAAAUAAUAGUUGCUGUUUAGCCAGAGUUGUACAAACCCUAAUUUUUUAAGACUAGUUUUUCUAGAGAAUUAAACUUAACAGACACAACCUUAAGAAUAGUGUUACCUUAGAUUAGAUAAAGGGAAGUGAUGGGAGGGAAAGGGAAGGGAUGUGGGGAUAGGAAAGAUAGUAGAAUGAAACAGACAUUAUUACUUUAUGUAUAGGUGACUGCAUGACCUAUAUGAUUCUGCAACAUGUACACUCAGAAAAAUGAGAAAUUAUGUCCCAUCUAUGUAUGACAUAUGAAAGUGCACAAAUGUGUUCUCCUUUCAUGUAUAACUAAUUGAAACAAAUUAAAAAAUUUUAAAAAAGAGUAAAUUAAUGUUUUAAAAAAUCCUUGUCAUUUUACAUAUAUUAAACUUUGGUUUUUGUUAGUACAUUAAUAUUUGACUUUAGAAAUAAAGCUUGAAUAGGUUUAACUGAUUGUGUUAGUUACAUAUAAACAACUUAGUUCACACAAACCCUUUAAAAUUUACCCUUCACUUACAUAUAUCUUUUAUAAUUGAAUUCGACCCCCUUGUUGUUUAUGUAAAUGUAUUUCAACUUUAGCACAUAAAGACUUUCUUACCUAGAAACAAUUUCUUUUUUUACUAAGUACUUUUUAUACCUAGAAGCUUUUAACUUUUUAUCUGUUUGUUUACCUAUUUAUAAAAACAUAAACAAUAAUCAAAUAUAUCACCCAUAAAAUUUAAAAAAUUAAGAGUAUUUGGUACUAUAUAUAAUGUUAGCACUUUAUCUUUGUAAAUUAAUCAUAUGUCUCUAACAAACACAUGUAUGAUUAAUCACAGAUAUGUCAAAUCUAGUUUACUUAUUUUUAAAAAUCAAGAUAUCAGAUAAAUGUAUUGAACAGCAUUAGCCAUUUCUUCCUUGAUGAAGAAAAAUUCUAGAAAAUAAUAGAUGAUAGACAUUUUAUAGACAUCACCAUUUUAUCAGUCAUUUGACCACCUUAAAACAAAAACUGUGAGUCAGUAACCUUUAAAGACAUCUUUACUUUUAUUUGUUUAUACCUGUUGGGACUUUAAGUAACAUUGUUUUUAGUGAAGACAAAAAUCGUUUUUAAACUUUUUUUUUUAACCAAACAAAAGUAGACAUGACAAUCAUUAGUGUACACACAUACACAAAACAAAGAUCAAUUGCCAUGCAGCAUUUUUAAACCUAUUAGAUUGAGAGCUAACUCUUGUAAAUUAAUCACUGAGCAAAGUAGAGUGUAACAACAACAACAAAAACACUCUAUAAUUAGAUAAAAUAGGUCUAAUGAGGGAAACAUAUUAACAUAGGCACACUGGACCCAAAUCAGAAACUCAAAGAAUUAGAGUUAAAAUAGAAUUUAAAAAGCCUUCCUAGCCUCUGUCCUGAUGUGGUCCUACUUAUCUGAGGUGAAAAGAAUUUGAGAAGAGAAAUUAGGGUUUGUGGGCACUCAGAGAGAGGAGAAUGUCUAUUUUCUUAAUUGUAAGUGAAUAUAGACAAAGGCCUUGUCCCAUGGAUUCCUGAAGGAAUUUCCCAAAAAGGUAUCAAGGGAUCCUGCUUUCAUGGUCUCCUUGGGAGAGCUCCUUUAGGUUGGGUCCUGUUCUAAACUCGUUUUUCUUGUCUCUUGGAUAUCAGCCACCAAAAUUUUAGCCUAGCAUUCUGCAGCUUUAUAAGCUGGACUAUCACAGUGAAAAACCUAUUGGGGCCAAUCCCCCCCCCCAAAAAAAAAAAAAAAAAACACAAAACAAAACAAAACAAAAAAUGCCGAAUGCUUUCUCUGAUUUAAGGAUGCUGUGCUGAUUCAUAAUGUGCUGGGGAUGGGGCAUGGAAGGAUUAGAUGAACUCUAGAUAGGGCAAAGGGGAAAAGGGGAGGGAUGGAAAGGAAGUGGGUAUUGUUAUGGGGAGCUGCCUCAGAAAACACUCUAAGUCCCAAUUAAAACAAAAGAGAGCUUUAGGUACGUGGCCAGGGACUGUCUUUUACCAUACCUCCUCUCCUCAACUUCCCUGGCCUCAGUUGACAAGGACUUGGAGGUUGGACCUGGCUCUGAAGCCAACAAGUGGCUCCUAUCUAUCUCCACAUGGUCAUGAGCCCUGUGCUUGUGGUGUGGCUGCAGUGAAGCCUGGGGAGCCCAGGGCCUUUGGCCUUUUUAACCAGAACUUAGCUGAUGCUUUUGUCCAGAGCCUGUGAGGCUGGAGAUUUCUCUCUACUCUGGCCAUCUGCUUUUCUCCACAGCUGUUUUUCUUUCUGCCAUUGUUUAUCUUGUCCAUGUUCCUGUAAAUUUAGGCUGAUGGGAUAUUUUCAUAGGAAUAAUAGCUCUUCCCCUUUGCUGAGUGUACCCUGAGCAAGUGGAAUGUCCUGUAAACCUGAAAAGGAGACCAUCCCUGUCUCAAGUCAUAAUACAGAAGUUUCAACAGCCACUGCUAUGUUCUUUUAUGUCUCUUUCCCCAGGUUGGGCAAAGGAGGUUGAAGGCAGGGCACAGUCCGAGUCAUCUUCACUUACUUCUCUAAACCCCAGCAGCUUUUCUGGAAAUUAUCUUCUGACAUAAGGCUGGUUUUUCUGACCCACAGUGGGAUGUUCUGCAGAUGCCUGGAACUGGGCUAAGAAACAGUGCUGGGCAAACUUUAGUUUUCUGGUGUCUUGCUAUUCUUGCACACAGGAGGGUUAUACCAUGAACUUAGUCUUAGGCCAGUCGGACUCCUUAUGUAACUGCAUGGAUACCUGCCUAUGUAGAAUUUCUUCCAUUUACCUAUCUCUGACAGACUAAUUCCAGUAGCAAAAUUAUAUAACAAUUCAGAAAGUCAUUCAGUGGCCUGAUACAGUAAAACAUCAGCUUUUCCUUAGGCAGAAUUAUAUCUAUUUGUGGCCCACUCAGCCAGGAUUGUUUCCAAGAGUCUACAGGUGGGAUCAAUGCACUAUUGUCUAUGUGUUAAAGGGCCAGUGACAUUCAGUUCAAAAAAAAAGAGACAACCAGAGUGGAUCCCCCAACCAGGGGCAACAGAAGGAACCCCUUAAAAAAGACUAGCUGGGGAAACAUCUCUUAGGUCCCCAGCUGCUAUUUUACCAGAACUCUGACACCAAUUGUGCCAUAGAUGUCCACAGAUAGAGGGACCAGAUGUUCCCCUGUAGGGGACCUGAUGUGUAGACUCCAGGGUCUCAGUGUGCACACAGGAGGAGCUUGCCAGAUGUCCACGUUGGCAUGAUUUCAUUGCAUUCAUUUUCCUUUUCCCAGAGUAGACCCAUGUUAGAAAAACCCACACUAUUCAUGAAGAGAAGACAAGAGGUCCUUGAAGCCAAGUAUCCUUGGCAGCUCCUGGAAAGACCCAUCAGACCUUUCCUUUACUUACAAUUACCCUUCAUCCAGGACAACCUGAGACAAAUGCACUAAUUUGUCUAAUUCUCCAGACUCAGCUGUCAAUGGAUUAAUCAGCACCUUGCAUCCUCAGUGUGGAAGUGGGGUUGCUCUGAGUGCCAGGCCUGCCUGAGAAGGCUGGAGGGGCACUCUCAGUUCUCUUCAUGGUGACUAAAUCUGAUAGCAAAAUCUUGGUCCUUAUCCCUAGUCCUGAUCCAAUAAUGAGAACAAGGUUUUGAGAAAAAUAAAAAGAAAGUUUUAUUGCUUUGCUACCAAAAGAAAAAUAGAGGGGACUCCUGUCUCAGAAGCUGUGAUUCCAAUGGCUAGUGAAUAGAGGUUUCAAAGUAGUGACUCAAAGUCUACCCACAGGCUGUGUGCUGUCAGGAGUCAUAAUUCCCUUUUAGCCUUGAGAGAGAUAUUUUUUAGAACUUCCAGUGCCAGCUGUAAAGUCUGUAUUUCUUGGUUCCUGUGGAGCAUGAGCUGAAGGACAUAUAACCUGGCUUAAGUUCUGACGUAACACACAAAGUAGGUUAACCUAAUUUUCCCCAGGGUUAGAGAAACAUAAAGGGAAAACAGAAAGAAAAAACCAAGUCAGUUUUAAAAUAAGUCUCAGUGGAAGAGAGCAAGGGUUAUGUUCAAAGCAUGAAGAGGACCCUGACACAUUCCUUGGGAGAAGCAAAUGGAACACCUGGCAGGUGGGAGUGGGUGGGGUUGAUGAAGAAUAGAAAGUUUAGAUCAAGCUGGGCAAUGUAGUGGAUGCCAGUAGUCCCAGGGACACAGACAUGUAGGACAGAAGCUCACAAGUUCAAGGUCAGCCUGGAGAACUUAGUGAAACCAUGAAAGGUCAAAACAAUAGAAAGAGUUGGGGAUAUAGCUAAGUUUUAAAGUGCCCUUUAGUUUAAUUCCCAGUAAUACCACCAACAAAAGAAAAUUCAGAUAUAAGAUCAAAGAAUGCUUUACCAUGAAGCCAGCAUGUACUUAGAAGGGGACAGAAAAAGAGUGUGUGUUGGCUGGGGCUGAGGUCAGUCAGUCUCAAUGGGGCUAGAGGCAGGAGGGAAAUUAAAGCCAAUAUUAAGUUAACAAAUAUUUUGUUCUGUCCACUAAGAGCAAACUGUUCAAUUAUUUGUUUGUGACUGUUUGGAUGGUUAUAGUUAACAUAGAGGUAAUCAUCAAAGUUAUAAUCAGCAGGGAGACUUUUUAUAUUUUUAUUUUUUCUGAGUACUAGGGAUUGAAUCCAGGGGCACUUAUCACUGAACCACAUCCUCAGCCCCUUUCUACAUUUAUCUUAAACAGGGUUUCACCAAACUUUUUAGAGCCUCUCUAAGUUGUUGAACCUGGAUUGGAAUUCUUGAUCUUCCUGCCUCAGCUUCCUGUUUUCUGUUGCAGAAAACAGACAUUAAAAAUGUCUGUUUUGUAAUUGUAAUCCCCUGCUGGGGUUACAACUGUGCACCACCAUGCCCUAAUCAGGAAGGGUGAAUCUCUAAUAUGAUGCUGUAGAAGAAUAGCAAGGAUGGGUCAAUGAAUUCAGUUGGUCAUUUUUUAGGAUUUAAUACCUGCUGCAUAUUCUGCCACAUUCCAUGUUCUGUGUGUCUUUUCUGACCUAAUUUUCCCCAUGGUUAGAGAAACAUAAAGGGAAAACAGAAAGAAAAACCAAGUCAGUUUAUUUAGUCAUUGCUCAUAAUCAUUUUUUCCUUUUUUUAUUAUUAUUAGUUGUUCAAAACAUUACAAAGCUCUUGACAUAUCAUAUUUCAUACAUUUGAUUCAAGUGGAUUAUGAACUCCCAUUUUUACCCCGUAUACAGAUUGCAGAAUCACAUCGAUUACACAUCCACGUUUUUUGCUCAUAAUCUUACCAUGUAUUUCUUAGAAUCGUUUUUUAUAUUUUUGCUUGAUUGUACUACUUUUGAGUUUUGUAUAACCUACUUUUCCCACUGCUAUCCCAUUAGGAUUAUGUUAAGACUUUCUUUCUUUUUAUUUUUAACCAUUUCUUUGUAGGGUUUCUUUAGUUUUAGUUUUCUGGUGUCUUGCUAAUCUUGCACACUUGAAUUUUCUUCUCAAACUACUAUGGAACAUGCAGACUAUUACUUCUCCACUGUUCCAGUAUUAUGUUUAACAUGUUUAAAUCCACUUUGCUUCACUUUCUUAUCAAAACAGUCAACUUGAACUCUGUUUAAAACAUAUGGUGCACAUGUCCCCCCUUUAUCAGGAGUCCUCUGUUCUUUCACUUUCAUCAAAGCCAGGCCAGGCAUACGUGACCUGUGAGAUUCAAAAGGUUUUCUUUUUGAUAAAUGGACAUUGGAUUGUCUUGGUAUCUUAGAUUCCCAUUGGGGAUGUUUCUGGGUCAUUAGAUUUGCUGAAUAAGUGAACCCUGCUUUAUUUACAUUCCAUCUGGAUGCUCCACUAUCUAUAAAUACAGAAAACUUAAUAAAAUGCACAUUCAUUGCCCCUAAGAACAAAGUAAGUCCUAAAAGAACAGAAUGAUUAGAAGAGACUCAAUCUCUACAAUGCCAUGGAAAGUCUGCUGAAAUACUUAUUAUGUCAUUUAGUUUUGAUUUGGCUACAGAUAUCACAGCAAUGUUGAUGUGUCCUUUUAUGUUGAUUGACACUUUGUAUCAAUCUGUUCUAUUUUUUCUACAACUCUUUUAACCUUAUUUGCUUGGUGUGAAUGCUGUCUGCCACAUUUUCCCUAUAAAGUAAUUUUUUUCUUUGUCUUUGGAUAUUUUGGUAGGAUUUUUUAAAUAAUCUAUAUAAACAUUCAUGUUUGAUCAAGAAACUCUUCUUUCUUAGUAUUUUUUAUUUUUUAAUUUUUUUUUUGUAGAUGGACUUUAUUUAUUUAUUUAUUUAUUUAAUGUGGUGCUGAGAAUUGAAACCAUUUCCUCACACAUGCUAGGCAAGCACUCUACUACUGAGCCCCAGCCCCAGCCCCUUAAUAAUUUUUAUUUUUGUGGCUUGCUUUGGGGAAUUUCGCCUCUGCCUGCCUUUUAUUUAAUGCAGACAGUGGCUCUCUAGAAAUAGACCACAGUCCUGUAGGCAUUCAUUUUAUUCUACCUGCAGCUCACAGACAUUAACCUCAUUUUAGUAAGCCUCUGGUUCAUGGAUGUGCACUUAAAAUUUUAGAAUCACCCUACUUUUCCACCAUAAUUUUCUUCUCUGAGAAAUAGAUAAUUUAUCUUAUGAUAUAUAAAAUCACAAUUAAAAUGUAUAUAUUCUCUGUUGCUACCUCAAUUUUACAAUUUAUUUUAUAAAAUUGGAGUAUAAAACUUUUUUGUGUACUUGUGACACUCUCCUCAGAGUUUGAUGACAGAAUAUCACUGUUACAAAGUAUUUUCUUGAAUAAUAAAUCAUUUCCAUUAUUUGGUGUGUCCCUCAGAAAUCACUGGUUAAGAGUCAGUUCUCCUAAUGCUCAUUUCAUCUUCAGCAAAUGUACAAGCUCUGUGAAUUAUCAAAUGGUCAAUGUACUAUUAAUUUACCUAUUCUUGUUUCAGGAACUGUUGACAUUCAGGGAUGUGGCCAUUGAUUUGUCUGAAGAGGAAUGGGAAUACCUGGAGCCUGCUCAGAGGAAUUUAUACAGAGAUGUGAUGUUAGAGAACUACAGAAACUUGGUCUUCUUGGCCAUGACCUCUCAUCAUACUCAGAAAAUUUUACCAGAACCCAGCAGACAGCAUUUAUUUAUAAAAGUGAUAAAGAGAAGAUAUGAAUAUUGCAAACUUGACCAUUUACAACAAAAGAAAAUACAGAACAGUGUAGGUAACAGUGAAGGUCAGAAAUCAUAUUAUAAAGGACAAGACCAAUUAGAAGUGACUAUUCUUAAUAAAAAUGUCCUUAAUACCAUCAACGGUCCUCAAGAAGAUUUAAUAGCUCACAAAAGUAUUCAAUUUAUAACUGAAGGACAAGUUUCUGAAAGUGCUGAUUUUGAAAAUGUUUUUACAAUCUCUCCAUCAUUCUGCAAUGAACAAAAGAUUUCUUCUUCUGCCCAAACAUACACUUUUAAUGAUUGUGGAAAGGCCCCUAUGUACUCCAUACUACUUAAUCAAAAUUCAGAUAUAGGUUUCUGGAAAGCAUGUAAUACAUGUGAUGAAACAAGCAACACCUUCAGCCAGGUCUCUAUGCUAAGCAAUUACCAGUGCCCUUACAUUGGAGAGAAAAAGCAUGAAUGUAGCAAAACUCAUAACAACUUUAGCUUUGGUUGCAAUAAAAGAGAACAUCAGUGUGGUCAUUGUGCACAGAACAUUUACAAAAAUGAGAAAUGGGAGAAUAUCUUUUCUCAAUGCCCAAAUCACCAUCCAAGUACUCAGUGCCAAGAGAUGCCUUGCUAUUGUGAGGAAUAUGAGAGACCUUCUUAUCUAACUACAAGUCUUUCUCAGUAUAGUGGAGCUCAACCUGGAAGGGAGCCUUACAAAUUUAAGAAAUGUGGUCAAGCAGGGAAUUCCACACCACUUUUCAAACACCACAGGUACCAUAACAGUGAACAACACUUCAAAUUUAAAGAAUGUGGCAAAACUUAUAAUCAAGAACAACCCUCUUUUAAGCACCACAGAAUUCAUAGUGGACAGAAAUCCUACAAAUGUGAAGAAUGUGGCAAAUCCUUUAAUAUUUGCUCAACAAUUUCUAAAAACCUGAGAUGGCAUAGCAGUGAAGAAGCAUACAAAUGUAAGGAAUGUGAAAAAAAACUUAAGAAUUUUUCAACCCUUCCUCAAUGCCAAAGUAUUCCUAUGGGAGAGAAGCCCCACAUAUGUGAAGAAUGUGGGAAAAGUUUUACUAAAAGAGGACAACUUACUCAACACCAGAGAAUACAUAUCACAGAGAAGCCCUACAAAUGUGAAGAAUGUGGGAAAGGAUUUACUCGAAGAGCACAACUUACCCUACAUCACAGUAUUCAUACUGGAGAGAAGCCCUACAAAUGUAAGGAAUGUAGCAAGGCUUUUAGGUGUAGUUCGUAUCUUACUCAACAUCAGAGAAUUCAUACUAGAGAGAAGCCCUAUAGAUGUAAAAAAUGUGGGAAAGAAUAUAGACAAACUGCAGGUCUUUCUCAGCACCAGAGUACUCAUACUGCAGAGAAACCCUAUAAAUGUAAAGAAUGUGGGAAAGGAUUUACUCGAAGAACACACCUUACUCUACACCACAGUAUUCAUACUGAAGAGAAACCCUACAAAUGUAAGGAAUGUAGCAAAGCUUUUAAUCGAAGAUCAAACCUUACACAACACCAGAGAAUUCAUACUGGAGAGAAGCCCUACAAAUGUAAAGAAUGUGGGAAAGAAUAUACUCAAAGAGCAGGUCUUACUCUACACCAGAGUACUCAUACUGUAGAGAAGCCCUACAAAUGUGAAGAAUGUGGAAAAGGAUUUGCUCAAAGAGUACACCUCACUCUACACCACAGUAUUCAUACUGGAGAGAAGCCCUACAAAUGUAAGGAAUGUGGCAAAGCUUUUAGGUGUAAUUCAUUUCUUACUCGACAUCAGAGAAUUCAUACUGGAGAGAAGCCCUACAAGUGUAAAGAAUGUGGGAAAGAAUAUACUCAAAGAGCAGGCCUUGCUCAUCACCAGAGUAUUCAUACUGGAGAGAAGCCCUACAAAUGUGAAAAAUGUGGCAAACGAUACACUCAAAGAGUAGGGCUUACUCAGCACCAGAGAUUUCAUACAGGAGAGAAGCCCUACAAAUGUAAUAAGUGUGUUAAAGCUUUUAGGUAUAAAUCAAGCCUUACCCAGCACCAGAGAAUUCAUAAUGCAGAGAUUCAAGUUGAAGAAUGUCGGAAAGGUCUUUAGUAUGGUUUACUCAUCACCAGCCAAUAAUAAUGAGGAGAGGUAGUACAAAUGUAAAAACUGUUGCAGACCUUUUAGCAAUGGCUCAAACAUUGCUUAUCACUGGAGAAUUCAUGUGCAAAGAAUCCAGAACAGUGUAAAUACUGUGCCCAAGCCUUUACACAAAUUUCAAGUUUUCCUUAACAUUAGAAACCUGAUACCUAUACGGAAUUGGGAAAGAUAUUUGCCUGAAAUAUAUGCCUUAAAAAACAGCAAAAUAUCUACAAUAAAGAAAACAUCUUUAGAAAUAUAAGAAAUAUAGCAAAGCCCUUAUCUGUACUUUGUAUCUUGAUAUAUGUGAGAGGGAAAUGAGAAAAUUCUUUUAACUUUUCUUUAAAAUUUGUUAAAAAUCCCUAGGUGAGGUGGGAGAAAUAAAGAAAUUAUCACAAGUACUAUAAAAUAGUGCAGAAAACUUGACUCUGGAAGGAUGUAAAUUUAUUAUAAAUCAAAGACUUCUCAACAUUUUCACUUUUGAAAACUGAAGAAAACAAUUUAACUUAGAUUUUUUUUAGAAGAAGAAGACUUGUUCCUAAGAGUUGUUAGUCUAUAAUUUCAAGACUUUACAGUGGAUUAUAAAAUAGUUUAUUCACAUUGUGUAUAAAUUUUCCCACUAAAUAAAAGUAAAAAUUUUUAAUGUUUAA